AUGAGUGCGCCUCGCAGAAAGUGUAAUUUUUAUAGUGAUUUACAAAAAGAAUUUCCUUUUUUGAAGCCAACUUCAGUUUCCAUUUACAUUGUUUACUGUGAAAUAUGUAAAAGUGAAGUUGAUAUUUCAAAUAGUGGUUGCGGUAGUAUUAAAAAUCAUUUAGCAAAAAAGAAACAUACAUUAGCUCUAAAUGCUGUUUCAUCGAGUGGGAAGGUAACUAAAUUCUUUAGAGAUAACAAUUUAAGCUCAGAAAAUUUACUAAUUGCGGCAAAGGAAGGAACUUUUACCUACCAUACUAUCAAUCACAUGCAAAGCUUCGGGUCUUUAGAUUGUACAUCAAAUUGCAACUUUAUUUGA